UUAGAAGUGUUUCGUGUAGUUUUUCGGAAAUUUACUAACAAUGGCAAAGUUUAUUAUGCUUCUUGCGCUCCUGGUUGCAAUUGUUGCGCUGACCAGCGCGCAGCAUGGACAUGGACAACAAGGAUUCGGGGGUGGUUUCGGACAUGGACAAGUUGGUGGGCACGGUGGAGUAGGCCCAGGUUUCGGAAGCCACGGAGCCCAAGCUUAUGGAGGAGGACGCCAGGGACAUGGCGGCCAUGGUCAAAGUCAUGGUCACGGUCACGGUCACGGACAUGGUCACGGGCACGGCAGGCAUUAG